GUAAGAAGAAGAAGCAGCUUGUUGAUUUUCGGUGCCGCACGCGUUUCAGUCGAAAGUAAUUGGGAAUAUUUGUGCUUGUGCCCGGUGACAUAUAUUUUGUAUACUCGAAACACCGCCGAAUCCAAAUCCAAAAUUCGCGAGUGCUCACCCACCUGCCGAGGCGGUACCAAUUCAAAGUAUUUGCUUAACGCCUGCCCACCGAAGUCAGCAAGAUGCCUAAGUCGGGUCGCGACGGCGGAGCAUCCAAGGACUCCAAAUUCGACCUGAGCAAGAUCUCAGCACGCGUGGAUCGCGUGAACGUCAGCGGAUUGCUGCGCACCCACAACGACUAUGUGAUGAGGGCGGCAGAUGGCCUGUUCAAGGCCAAAAACUUCCAGGAUCUCAUGCUGGAGGCCAUGUCCACCAAAUCGUAUCUGCACGAGCUGGGCAUCUUCAAGGAUGUGAGCGUGCACAUUGAUGUUAGCCGUGGAACGGAUGCCUCACCACAGGGCUACGAGGUCACCUUUAAGGGCAACGAAAUGUCGCGCAUGAUGGGCUCGGCGGGCACCGAGAUUGGCCAGAACGAGGGCUCCCUGCGAACGGAGUUGACUAUCCCCAAUAUAUUGGGACGCGGCGAGAGCAUCUCUCUGCAGGGCAGCUAUAGCAGCACCAGGGCCAAUGAUCUGCAACUGAAGUUCUGGAAACCCUUCUUCCACACACGCUUCAAGGAAAAUCGACCUGAAAUGUCAUUCAGCAUUUUUAGGCAAACCGAUAGGUACGACAUAAGUUCAUUUAAAAGCACCAACUUGGGCUAUUUGGUGGACUUCUCGGCGCACACCAUGGUGGGAGUUGAUUUGACGCACUCGCUGCAGUAUGAGAACUCCAUCAGAGACGUGGGAUUGCUAAACAAAUCAGUGCCCUUCGCCAUACGCGAUCACUGUGGCCCCAAAUUGGCCUCGUUGCUGCGCUACUCCGUGGUCUACGACAAUCGGGAUGGAAACGUAUUCCCCACCCGCGGUAUUUUACUUAAAUCAGUUAACGAGUACUGCGGAUUAGGCGGUAAUGUCGCCUACACCAGCAGCACUGCCCACGGAGAGGUGAAUGUGCCACUGUUUGCCGGUUUAGUUGCCCAGUUUUGCGGUCGUGUUGGCGUCGUUAAAGAGACUAAAAAUACCACCCAUCUGCCUAUUAACUCGCUGUUCUACUGCGGCGGUCCAUUGACACUGAGGGGAUUCAAAUUUGGAGGAGCUGGUCCAGUGAUCGAUGGCACGCCUAUUGGAGCACAGACCUUCUGGUGCACGGGAGCUCACCUGUGGGCACCGCUUCCCUUCGCCGGAGUCUUCAAAAACCUGGCCAGCCACUUUAGAAUGCAUUUCUUCUACAACAUUGGCAACUGCAAUAAUUUUAGCACAGAAAAUAUGCGUAGUGCAUUUGGAAUGGGUCUGGCGGUCAAGCUAGCCGAAAGAGCCCGAAUCGAACUCAACUAUUGUGUGCCAGUGCGACGCCAGAACACAGAUCAAACCCUGAAUGGUUUCCAGUUUGGCAUUGGUUAUGAGUUCGUCUAGCUGCCCUUUCCCCCGCAACCAUCAACUAGAUGUAGCAGUAGCAAAAGCCAUGAGAGUCACAACAGCCCAGUAAGAAAGAAACCCUAACUCACAACAUUUGGCUGCCCUGUCUGUAGUUUCGAGCGUUAACAGAUUCUGUUUCGUAUUUUUGUCAAUGCAUUUUAUUUUCCUCUGAAAAUGUAUUCGUGGUCCAGCGAUCAUUUAAGUAGUUCCUAAGGCGUGUACAUACGUAAAACGAAAGGUUAAACAAAAUAUAAAAAUGUUAAACGAA